ACCAAUCUUCAAGCACACAAAAAAGGCUCAUUUGAAAAGAAAAAUUUAAUUUUUUUUUCUUUCUUUCUCUUUCACUCUUUUGUUGAUGGUAUUGGAACCAUGGCUGUGGAGCUUAUAACGGGUUAUGGGGGUAAUAGCUUUGCAGGCAACAAUGAUUUUGCAGUGCAGCAAGCAGCUUCUGCUGGCAUUCAUAGCGUUGAGAAGCUCAUGAACAUGAUUUCUGAACAGAAGAAUCAGCAGCAACAAGCCAAUGAGUCAUCAUCAUCAAAGGAUGAGUCAGAAUUCGGAGCUGUUGCAGAUGUUGCUGUAAACAGGUUCAGAGAGGUUAUUUCUCUCCUUGACAAGCCAAGAACCGGUCACGCUCGUUUCAGAAGAGCCCCACCAAGUGUUCCACCUGUUCCUCUUCUUCAAUUGCAGCAAACGGUGGAUUCAAAACCCAAAAAAGACAUGCUUUCUCUUCAGCACCCACACCCACAACAGCACAAAACAGAACAAGUCUCUGCUUUUAAAGCUUAUUGCCCUCCUCAGAACCCUUUCACGCUCCCUCAGCAGCGUUUACCUUUACCACCAGCGAAGAAUGAAACAAAUGGUUCUAUUAAACUUUCUGCUUCUCCAUCAGUUUCUGCUGCCAAAUCCUAUGUGUCUACGUUAUCUGCAGACAGCGAAAGUUUGCAACAGCAAUCUCGUUCCUUCGGGUUCCAAAUUACUCACGUGUCCCUGCAGGGGUCUUCUUAUAUGCGUAAACCACCACUGUCUUCAACUUCUUUGAAGAGGAAGUGCAAUUCCAUUGAUUUUCCUGCAAUCAAGUGUGGAUCAUCCUCUGCGCAGUGUCAUUGCCCCAAGAAAAGGAAAUUCAAGUUGAAGAGAGUGAUUAGAGUUCCAGCUAUUAGUUCUAAAACUGCUGAUAUCCCACCUGAUGAUUAUUCGUGGAGAAAAUACGGACAGAAACCCAUCAAGGGUUCUCCCCAUCCGAGAGGUUAUUACAAGUGUACGAGCGUGAGAGGGUGCCCGGCACGCAAACACGUGGAGCGUGCUUUGGAUGAUUCAAACAUGCUCGUUGUCACCUACGAAGGAGAUCAUAAUCACUCGCUCACAUCUUCUGAGGUGGCAAAUGCUGUUGUCCUUGAAUCAUCUUAGGCUCGAUUGGUUGAUCCAACUGCUGAUAAUCUUUCACAAGUUUUUGUUCUCACCCAUGCCAUGCACUAGUUCGUCUAAAAAUUAUUUAAUUAGCUUUGUGAUUAGUCAACGCUCAGACUAUGUGGCAUGCUUAAUUAAUUAGCUUAUAUAUGGGAUUUCUUAUGGUCUAUGUCUUUUUAUUUUAUUUUUUGAAAUACUUAAAUACAAGAAGAGUACUGGUUGGUCUUUGUUAUAUAUUUUAUAGA